GUGUCUCUUCAUUACCAGUUCUGCAGAAGUGAAAUGCUCCCUUUGUGUUGUGGGGAUUCAGGCGCUGGCUGAGAUGAACCGGUGGAGAGAAGUUCUGUCUUGGGUCCUACAGUAUUACCAUGUCCCCGAGCACCUGCCUCCAAAAGUUCUGGAGCUGUGUAUCCUGUUAUACAGCAAAGUGAGAGAGCCCCAGGUGAUGCUGGAGGUUGGCAGUAGCUGGCUGAGAGAUCAAACCAAUAAGAGCCUCCCCGAGUAUGGUUCAUUGCUGGAGCUCUAUCUGUUGCAUGUGUUGCUUCCACUUGGCCGGUUUGAGGGGGCAGAAGAGCUUGUACGCGACUGUGAUGUUUUUGACAGUGAGCAGCAGCUAGCAUUUCUUGGGACCAUUUGUCAAAGCCGAUGUCAGUGGACUCAACAGGAAGAGAUGCACUCGGCUGCUGAAGAGCAGCAAGACGCCGCAACAGAAACUGUUUUGGGUGCUCUGUCCCGAAAGCUCUUGACCAUGUUGACAUUGCUACGUAGAGCACUGAGGUCCAUGUCAAGCCACUUCUAUUUACUUCCUUACAAAAAGAUGCUCUUGGCUACUUUUCUGCUCUACCUGGUGGUGGUGAGAUUAGACCCAGCUUCUCCCACAUCACUGCCAUUCAUUUACAAACUGGUCCAAAGUGUUGCCUUGUCUUGA